AUGGAGUCGACGCCAAUGGUCCACGACGCCUACGGCGCACCUCGAUCAAGAACAAACGCCGCCCUCGCAACUGCUGCAUCCCUCACCCAGGAUUUUGAACCCAUCAAAAACAUUUGUGCCCACCUCAAUGCUUUUCACGCGUACGCAGACGACGUCCAUCGGUCAGUGGAGACGAAUCACUACUGCAGCCAUCUCAGUGACGACGUUCGCCAAUGCCUUCUCUACGACUCCCCAGACCGCAACGCUAGACUCAUCGGGAUCGAGUACAUGAUCAAACCCCAUCUCUACGAAGCUUUACCGCCUGAGGAGCGAAAACUAUGGCACAGUCACGUAUACGAGGUGAAAUCGGGGAUGCUCGUCAUGCCAAAUCCCAUGGUGCCACAGAGGGCGUGGGAAAAGGCGGAAACUAAGGAGAUGGAGGAAAUAAUCACUCUUUACGGUAAAGUGUUUCAUUUGUGGCAGACGGAUCGGGGAGACAAGUUGCCGAUUGGCCAGCCCAAGUUGAUGACGAGCUUCACGGCGGAUGGGCAAUUGGACUUUGCCAAGGUGGAAGAGAGAGAUGCGAGGUUUGGGACCGAUUAUAGGCGGAAAAGGGAGCUGAGAAGUGACAUUGCCUGUCCAGAGAUCCACCCUGAUGCAGAUCCCGGUCAGCCGAAAGGCAGUACGGCGACGACUGCGGCGGCUCCAUAG